UGGAGAAGUUUAAUAUAUGCAGGUUGGCAACAUUGGUAACAUCGAUAACGGAUAAGAAUGCGGAGUGCAGUCGCUUACCGUGAAUUCUCUGGAAUUCUCGCUGUAAAUUCUCGAUAUGGAUUGAUGUGGAUGUCUCGUCACCGUAUGAAUUAGCGAGAAAGCUGUUUAAGAUUUAGACAUCUCGAUUAUCUGCGAGUGGUUGAUGCAAGUAAAGAUGAGAAUAACAACUUUAGAAUGAGCGGUAUAAAACAAUAAAAUUUCCUGCAAAACUGAUGUGCAAAACGCAAACGUUUAAGCCUUGGCAAUCAUGUAAACAUGUGUAAAUCUGAAAUGAAUAGGCAGUGCAGGCAGUCUUUAUGAUGACAUUUAUGACAGUGAUGAUUUAGCAAGAAGCCACAGCCCAACAUUUACACAGUUACUACAAAUUCUACACGUGCAGUAUCCACGGUAAUUGGCAAUUAUAGUUUGUAAUAUACAAUUUUUACUGUUUCCAAUUAAUUGAUAACAACAACUUUAAUAUACUUUGGAAGCAAGGCCAGAAACAACAGUCUUUAUGGAUAUAAUUUUUCCUAUGUCAGCUAUAAUAUACUUGAUACGAUACGAUGCUAUAUUAUGGAAACACUGAUAUAAUAUAUGUUAUUUAAUAUAAAUAAUUUAAGAAGUUUAUGAUGUAUCAACAUAGUCUGUAUGAUACCAAAGGCUAUAUAUAAAAUAAUACAUUUCUAAUGAGAAGAUUUACAACAUUGACAUAGCGAGUAGCCACAAAUAGAGAGUACUCGCACAAUGUCGAAUUCUAAGAAAAAUCUGGAUUGCAAUCAGAAAAAAGCUACAGUUCUCGACGAAUCACAAGCAACGAUAAACGAAAAAGAAAGUGUGUCAGCGCGGCCUAAGUGUAAGCUGGAUUCACACGGUUGUUUAAAUCUUCGUGAUAUUCUUCUGAUGUUUGAUAGCCCUAUAAGUCAGGAACGAGCAUGGGCACUGUGCUAUCAGAUAGCUAAAAGUUUAUCGCACUUAACAGAAAAUAAGUUUUAUGAGAUAUCAGAACUCUCGCAAAUUAUACUUCACAAAGAUGGAGAUAUUCGGGUUGAAAACUUGGCAGGUUCUAAACAACCUCUGGUUUCGGAAGAAAAGGCGAUAUUUUCACUAGGCAUGGCAAUUUUUAAAGCCUUAGACUUUGGUUCUAACGCGGGAGAAGAAAUAGCUUUAUUACCAGACCUAGAAGCUCUCAUUACAUUGAUGACAAACUGUAAUCGGGCAUGUGAAGUUGAUGUAGAAGAACGUUUACAAGAAACUGAUGAUGAAGGUAUUGAACGAGACUCUGGUGACACUGAUGUGGAGGAUUAUAUGAUGCCAAAAACUACUAACAAUGACAUAUGUACCUUGAAGACUGUUCUCCAAAUAUGUACAAGGCAUGUACAAAGUUUGCACGAAGAUGCUGAUAAUUAUUACCGGAAUAUGAUACAAGUGUUUAUAGAAGAGGCCCUUAAUCUUACGCAGUUUCUGGAGAAAGUAGUUGUCGAUAAACAAUCACAAGAUUUGUUCAGCCCGAAUAAUGUUGAUCGUAGCUCAACGUCAUUGCAAAAUAUUGAUACAUUGGAUUUCAAUGAUUGGACGGACGUUAGAAUUUGGAGAGCUAUACAAGCUAGGUUUUGGGUUCAAGUUAUUAGCGAGCUGAGACGAGGAGUAAAAUUGAAGAAAGUAGAAGCUAAUUUGGGUUCCCGUGAGUCAUCACCUGGAGAAAAAAGUCUCCCAGACUAUAAGAUGACACCAUACGAGAGUUUGAUGGACGACAUUAGAGAAAGACGGUAUCGUCUUAGGAAAACGCCGCCUACGCCAUUAAGGAAAGACGCGCACGCUAUUAUUCUUGAAUUUAUUCGGAGUCGACCAGCUCUGAAAAAGGCCUCGGAGAGACGGUUACGACCAUUACAAAAGGAAAGUACUCUAAGAGAAUUACUCAUGGAAAGCAUAAAAAAGCCUCCAAAGCCUCUGAGGUCUUCAAGACAAAAUAUUCCUAAGAUUGAAGAAACAUCAAUUUCCAACACAAGCGGUGAAUCUUGCAUGAUAGUCCUUGGAGAGGUACCACCUUCGCAACCGGAGCAAGAGCAAGAGUCUGCACAAGAUGUUGCAGCUCAAUGGUUGCAGUCGGAAGAUCAGAGGACUUUGGCAACUGGUGGCAACAUCCUAGCGACAGCUAGCCGUAGGAGACAAGAUGUACCGCCGGUGCCGCAGCCACGACAAAGAAAUGCCAACAUCAGGGUCUUACCUUCCAAUAGGAAUCGUAAGUCACGUAGAAGACGCAUUAUGGUCACAGAUGUGACACAAAACGGAGAGAAUAUCAAGCAACAUGAAAUAUUGCCAAAACCAUUUGGAAGAAAUUUGGAUGUUACUAAGCGGACCAAGAAAGUGAUACCCGUCGACUUCGAUUUGAAGUUAGAUGCCGAUGAUGAUGUUGACGACGAUGAUGAUGAUGAUGAUGAUGUUUGCAACGAGGAAAAUUUUGAAACAAGAUUUGAGGAAGAAGAUGAAGCGUGCAACUACUGGCAACUUAAAGAUUACAAUUUUGGUACUCGAAAAAAUGUACGAAGCAGGUAUAAGGAUCAUGAGCACAGGGAUGAUGAUGAAGUGGGAUCUGCAAAUCCUUGGCGGAAAACUGGUGGACUUCGUCUAACCAGGAAUGAGUAUCACCGAUUCUGUGAUGCUCAAUUAGAAUCCUAUGAUCUAGCAACACAAUGUCCUUCCCGAAGAGCAUCUGCUAGAAGACAUGCUGCAAAAUGCACUAUACCGCUAGCAUCACUCACAGGAACAACGUCCCUGCCACAAUCGAGACCACAUAGCCGGCAACGUACUGGCCUCGCAGACGUGACAUCGAGCCAAGGUCCAAGUCCCAACAUUAGCCUGAAUCCAAGUCCGAAUUGUAGUCCGCAGCCACGAGCACCGAGGCAACUGCGACAGGCACAUACAAUUGCAUAUGAGAGUAAAAGCGACAAAGCUCAUAGCGAUGAAUGGGAAGACGAUGUUGAUAAGAAAGCAACACUAGGAGACAUGCUAUUGGACGAAAGGCUGUCAUUAACGUUAGAUGAGAUUGUGCAUAUUCGUAGCGUGCUUACGAAAGCCGAAUUAGAGUCGCUUCCUGUGGAAGGGCGUGUAAAAGAGGACGUAGAGAAAAGGCGUGUUUGUUUCCUCUGUCUAAAAACGCGCUUUGGUCUGUUGGGUCCUUGGGGGCAACGUUGUCGCUUAUGCAAGAGAACCGUCUGCGUGAAAUGCUACUCAAAAAUGCGAAUACCAACGGAACAGUUUGCUCGAGUGCCAGUCGUGUUACUCUCUCCUGGAUUGCUACUUUCACCUACGGAAGCUGAGAACGGUGGUAACAAGAACUCCUGGCUAAGAAACCCAGGAAUGGUUGGCUCAGCACCGGCUUCCCCUGCAUCCAGACGAAAAGAUUCUGCGUUACGCAGUGGCACACCUGCCUCGACACCGACAAUGACACCCGUCUCCGCAUUGACACCCUCAUCAACGCCACCUUCUCACGCACGUCGAGAGAUGGAAGUUCAAGGACUCGAGAAGAGAUGCUAUAAGGGUGGUGGCAGUCCUGCCGCUCUUUCAACUACUAAAACAUUCUCCACAUCGAGUGGUGCUAGUGUGGAGCAACGUUUGGCAGCAGAACGGUUACGUGGUGUCGCUGUUGUUGUUUGUCACGACUGUCGUAUCAUGGUCAUUCAAAUAAUCAAGAGCUCAAGAACAACGCGUGCAACAAUACGCAACAAUGUCAUUUCUCGUCUCACCCUAAAUCUCUCUCCUGCUUAUAUUUAAUUCCCAUUACCUUUUAAUAAUCACCCAUGCUGCCGCAUCAUUUCCCCUUAUUGUUUUUCUAAAUGUUAUCGGAUUUUCACGUUAUAUUAUAUACAUAUUGCACAAUGAGAACAAUCAAUAUCAUUGGACACAACUUGAAAUCAGAUGAAAAAAAUUUAUAUAUAUGCAAAAUGGGGACAUUUGUUUUCUCGUGAUAUGAGUCGCUACAUGGAUUUUGCUAUAAGAUUGUGAUAAUGUAAAAAUCCUCCAUGUAUGAAACGUAUCUAUGAAAUAUGGUAGUAAACUCUUUAAGCCAUACUUUAUAUAUUAAAACAUUUGUAUUCUGAGCUAAAGAAUUCUUUCCUUUCUUUAAAUGAUAAAUAUGUUAGAUCAGAAAGAACAGAAAGAGGUGAUUAACAUUAUUUCUAUCAGAUACAAAUGUCACUAUAAAUGUCUCUAUGUAAAACAUACUCGUGCUACGAUGACCAUUUCAGCUCAUAUGCAUACAUGAAUACAACCUAACUGAUGCUUAUGCCUUGCACUUGCAUUUUACUUUAUAUAAAUUACUUCGUAUAAAAUAUCCCGAUAAAAUAAGAGUCACAGAUUUCACCAUCUUGAAUUUUUUGAAAUUGAUUCUAUGAAAUAUGAUUUAUUUUUAUAUUUUGAUAUUUCCUAAAAAUGUAAAAAUUCUAUUUACGUAAUUUUACUAAUAAUUUCAUAUAUGUAUCACUUCUGAAUAUUUGUCUUUGUAAAUGCUAGUGUUCUUUACCAGAAGUAUGUUCAUAUUCCA